UUCUGACAACAUAUGCUGAGUUCUAUUUGAACUGGGAAAUUGGAAUUUCCUAGUUCAUAGGCGGAACUUUCAACUGGAACAUCCCCUGAAGUUGGAGUUCUGACUCAGAAACGUCGGAGGAACCUCUAAAACCCCGACCUCAAAAUUCAAGAUGGCUGUGCCCUUCAUCAACAGAACUUAAAGCUGUGGUUAUAUACUGUAUAUUAGCACUUGCGUCUUACUUGUUUCUCAUUGAAUUGGUUGUCCACACAGUGCUGUCCAGCCGCUAUCUGUGGACAUAUUAAUGUGGUGUUUGUGCAAAACACCAUGACAUGGAUUGUUAUCAACUAGUACUGCUAAUUAUGUCUAACGAUCAACCUGGAUAGAACUGGUUUUGCUAAAUGUCUUUCCAGUGUAUACAGAAUACAAAUUUUUGGGCAUCACAAUAUACCUCUCAAUAUUUAGGUGUAUAACUAAUCUGCUUAUGAAAUUGUGGGUGUAAGUAUCUGUUUAGUACUGAAAAGCUAUUUAGACAGAUUUUUCUGGGCAUAAAUACACCAAAAUCCCUGUAAUAGAGCCCUGCAUGGUGUUAUUAUAGAGUUAUCAUGAAUUCUUUUGGCCACAAUGAUCAUGUAGUGAAAAUGUGAGAUGGUGACAGCUCUACCAAUUGGUAGCAGGAAAACACCUGAUAUGCCAAUGCAGCCAUUCCAUUCUCAUUCCAGCUGCUCGAAUCCUUAUGUGUAUGCAGGGAGUCUGAGCUGGAUGAGGCCCAAAGCACAUCGUUUGCAAACUGCGAGACGUCACGUCUCCCCUCCAGAGUUCAGCCAUGCCUGCACCCUGAUAUCCUGUCUUUAAAAAUCACAAAUUGGAGUGGAGACCAGAUUUCAUUCUGUACAAAGUAUCUUGCUGCAUUCAAACAAGGUCUCGAUAGCACACAGUAGCAGCCCUCAGGACCCUGUGUUCCUGCAGCACCUCCUGCAGUAUGUACUGGGUCAUGCAGCCAUGCUUUCCUGGCACCCAGAAAGCACCAAAACAAAUUAACAGAUGUGCAACAUACUGAAUUUCUAUUUCUCUUAAUUUUACAGUUGUCUAAAUUAGCAAUAAAUUACUUGCAAAAUCUUAUGACCUAUUUAAUGAGAAAUUAGAUUAUGUUCUUUAUGUUCUGUCAGUACGUUACCUUUGAUAAUGUAGCCAAAUCAAUUUCUUGGAGACUAUCAAUUAUUAUGUAAAAAUAAUUCUACAGAUUCAAUGGCUCACAAGAGCUGCACAGUAUAAUCGUGCUGUUCACCCAUACUGUAGCUGCAAUAAAAUAUUAUUUGCUGAUUUUGUUCCUCACACAUUUUGCCCCAUGUUUACCCACUUGGGUGAAAAUUGUAUUAUUCGGUAAGGGUUUCUAUUUUGCCUUCAUUUGUUCAGUUAAGCCUAAUCAGAACAAGGUAUACUUCAAGACAUCGACUUGCAGUAAUAAUAACGUGCUUCCAUGCACGUUGCCUUACAGAAACAAAUGUUAUUUAAACUUAAUGACAGAUAUUUUUCUUCUCUAAGGAAAUCCUGUGUGGCAAUGUUUCUCAACCGGUGGGUCUCCCAUCGACAACUUUUAUCCGUCGCCGCUACUGGCCAAGUAAUAAUGAAAUAAUGUGGAUCUUAAGGCAAAACCAGUUGAGACACUGUGUUUGAUUGUUGUGUCAUAUAAAUCUUUAACCGACUUGCUUCCGCGCGGCGCUGCGUCUGACCAGCGUCAGUCAAUGUUACUGCGAAAUGGACCUCCGAUCGGAGCUUCUCAAAUCCAUCUGGUAUGCAUUUACCUCGCUGGAUGCGGAGCAUAGCGGCAAAGUGUCCAAGUCACAAUUAAAGGUGCUUUCUCACAACCUUUACACGGCCUUGAAUAUCCCGCAUGAUCCUGUGGCACUGGAGGAGCACUUUCGUGAUGACGAUGAGGGGCCGGUAUCCAACCACGGCUACAUGCCCUACCUCAACAACUACAUCCUGGCCAAGGCAAAAGAGGGAACCUUUGACAAGGAGAUGUUAGAUGACCUGUGCUGGAUGAUGACGGUGAAGAAGAACCUUGGGCCGGGGGUGAAGGACACUGUGUGCUCACGGAAGGACAGCUUCAAGCUCUUCUGUCUCUUCAACCUGCUGUCGGAAGAUCGCUACCCCCUGAUCAUGAUCCCAGCUGAGGUGGAGUACCUGAUGAAGAAGAUCUCCACAGCUAUGAACCAGGACUGGGAUGGCAGACUGCUGGAGGAUCUCCUAUCCCAUGAUCCUUCCCUGCAGGAAGGCAUGUCUGUCUGGAAGUUCCUGGAGCACAUUAGUUCUGGGCAGCUCUUGCGGAUCACAAGCGUGGACACCUUCAGCCUGACUUUGGACGAUGUCUUUCAGGAGAUGUACCACAACAUCCUCAAGAAGGGAUACAUGUGGAAGAAGGGGCACAUGCGGCGGAACUGGACAGAGCGCUGGUUCGUCCUGAAGUCCUCCAACAUCUCUUACUAUGUCAGUGAGGACCUUAAGGAGAAGAAGGGAGAAAUACCUCUGGACAAGGACUGCGUGGUGGAGACCCUGCCUGACAAGGAGGGCAGGCGCUGUCUGUUUUGUGUUAAGACACCCACCCGGGCCUACGAGAUCAGCGCCUCGGAUCAGAAACAGCGCGUUGAGUGGAUCCAAGCCAUACAGACGGCACUGCGCCUCCUGGGGGAGGGGAAGUCAUCCCUGCACCAGGAGCUGAAGCUGAAGCGGCGGGAGCAAAGGGGGAGCAGCCGGCGCAGCCGAGGGGAGGUGCAGGUGGCGCAGGAGCUACAGGAGGAGAGGGAGCGCCAGGAACAACAGAUCGAGAGCAUCAUCCAGCACCAGAGGGAGGUGGAGGCUAAGCGCCGGGAGCAGGAGGAGAAGGAGAGGGAGCGUCAAAGGGAGGUGCAGAGGGAGCUGGAGAGACAGCUGCAAGAGGCUGAGAAGGCCAGGGACACUAUGGUGGAGGAGCUGACCUUGAAGGAGAAGGAGGCGGAGCGGCAGCGCAGGAGGAUUCAGGAGCUGGAGAUGACACAGGAGAAGCUGGAGGCGGCACUGAACACUGAGAUCCAGGCUCGCCUGGAAGAGGAGCGAGCGCGCCUGGAGCAGGAACGGCUACUGCAGGAGGAGGAGGAGAAGCUGAAACAGCUGCAGAAGCUUCAAGAAGAGCAGGGAGCCCUGCAGCAGAAGAGCCAGCUGGAGAUAACCACCCCAGCAAAGCCGUCCGCCAUCGACGCUGCCUCACAGGAGCUGCAGACCCUGAGGGAGACACGAGAGAGGAGCCACCAGCACCUGGAGGAGGCUCAGAAGAAGCUGGAGAAAGCCAGCUGUCACGUAAAACACUGGAACGUGCAGCUGAACAGGCUGCUGGGGCCCAUUUCCCCUGGAGAACGGUUUGAGACACACAAGAACGUGAAGAAGAACCAUGCCAAGCCAGAGUUUGCCUUCGCCAGCCAAGAGUUUAUUUCCAAAUUCCAGCCUGACACCAAUCAGCAAUCACCCAAGUCUGACAGCCAAUCAUCGGAGGAGGAGGAGGAGGAGGAGGAGGAGGAGGGUCUUCCUGGGCACAUGGAUGCUGUCAGCCUAUCAGACAAGGAUAAAAACCAGACACCAGAAAAUAGGAAAAGCUGUUAGGUGCCUGUUGGGACACUUUCACUCUUGAUAAGUGACAUAGUUUUCAUAAGUUUUUUUUAUAGUUCAGCAGUAAAAUCACUACCCAGUGAUAGUAAGACAGCUCAUGUGGAUUCCUUGUAAAAAAUGACCUUUGUAUAUAUUGUGCCUUGGUCUUGGUUAUGGUUAGUUUGUAAAAAUGCGUGUGGUUAAACUGUUCGGGCCAUAAUGGCACCUGGUGAUGCUUUGUAAACAAACCCACUGAAUCAUUGGGAGGGGGGGGGUUGCCCAUAAUGUACCUCUCCUUUUCAGAUAUGAUGAAUAAGUUUGAAUUACGUCUUUCGAAGAGACCAUGAAGGCUUAUCGGACAGGAGAUAAGCUUCACAGCGGUAUCUUAGUCUGCAUGAUUAUCCCAUGCCUUUUUACAAACAAUUGCCCUAAAAAAACUUUUACAAGAUCUUCUAUACUAGACAAGCUGGUUACAGAACAAACAUGAACAAGAAGAUAUUUUUCACUCUAAUGGUGUGAUAAUGAGCCAUUCUAGAGCAGACAUGACCUGUGGUUUUAGGGACAACUACACUCAGUUCACUCUCAGUUCCUGGCUGUAAUCAGUGUGUAAUGAAUCUCAUUUUAAUAUGCAGUUGUUGUAAAUGUGAAUGUAACCUCCACUAAUUGCAUGGUGUUCAUAGUCUUUCUUAGACUGUUAUUUUCUGUGUACAGUAUUUGUGUACUGAUUAUAUGACUCUAAUAAAUGGGUUAAUUACAGUCUAA